AUGGAAGAAUUAAGCAUUGAUUUUUCUCUUUUCAAGAAGAGAUUGGUCGCGUUACAUUCUGAAUAUCCUAGAUUUGAAAACUCUCCAAAUUCUUUAUUAUUCGUACUUGGUUCCUCUGCUGCAGAAAAUCCAUACCAAAAGACUACCAUCUUCCAUAAUUGGAUCCUGGGUUACGAAUUUCCUGCUACGUUGAUAGCCUUUGUCCCAAAAAAGAUUAUCAUUAUUACUAGUUCUGCGAAGGCCAAGCACUUAAACAAAGCAGAAGAGUUAUUCAAGAACUUACCAGAGGAUGUAAGUCUGGAACUAUGGCAAAGAAACAAUAAGGAUCCAGAACAUAACAAAAAGCUAUUCGAUGAUGUAAUUGAAGCCAUGAAAUCUGCCGGUAAAAACGUUGGUAUUCCUGUCAAAGAUUCGUAUCAAGGUAAGUUCAUGAAUGAAUGGAACCCUAUAUGGGAGGCAGCCGUUAAGGAAAAUGAUUUUAAUAUAGUUGAUAUUUCACUGGGACUAUCAAAGGUUUGGGAGGUCAAAGAUGACGAAGAGCAAUCAUUAAUUGCAGUAGCAAGUAAAGGUUCAGAUAAAUUCAUGAAUCUUUUAUCUGAAGAGAUGGUGCGUGCUGUCGAUGAAGAAUUGAAGAUUAAAAACAGUAAAUUAUCUGAUAAAAUUGAAAAUAAAAUUGACGACGUGAAGUUCUUGAAAAAAAUUUCUCCAGAUUUAUCCAAGUUAUGUCCAUCAAACCACAAAUUCAAUAUAGAUUUGUUGGAUUGGACGUACUCACCAAUUAUACAAUCUGGUGAAAAAUUUGAUUUGAGGGUUUCCGCACGUUCUAAUGAUGAUCAACUAUAUGGGAAUGGUUGUAUUUUAGCAUCUUGUGGUAUACGUUACAACAAUUAUUGUUCAAACAUUACUAGAACUUUUUUGAUUGAUCCUUCUGAGGAAAUGGUUAAUAAUUAUGACUUCAUGUUAGAACUUCAGAGAGAAAUCAUCAAUAACCAACUGAAAGUUGGUCGUACGCCAAAGGAAAUUUAUGAAUCUGUUGUGAAGUAUAUGGAAACUCAAAAACCUGACUUAGUUUCACAUUUCACCAAAAAUAUUGGCUCUUUGAUGGGUUUAGAAUUCAGAGACUCAAAUUUUGUCUUGAACACCAAGAAUGAUUAUAGAAAGGUUUCUGCAGGUGACUGUUUCAACAUUUCUAUCGGUUUUAAUAAUUUGACUGACUCUAAAACAAAGCAUAAUUAUGCUCUACAACUAGCUGAUACUGUUCAGUUAUCAUCUGUUGAAGAUGAACAACCAAAGAUUUUGACGAAUUUUACAAAGACAAGAUCUCAAAUCUCAUUUUACUUCAAUAAUGAAGAAGAAGAUGAUGCAGCAGAAAAGAAGAAGACUACUCCACCAAAAGUUAUUGCUGGUAAGGCGGAUCCCAGAAAUUCUAAAAUCUUAAGAACAAAAUUACGUGGUGAAGCACGUGGUGAUUCAAAUGAUGCACAAAAGGAACAAAUUCGUAAGGACAAUCAAAGAAAAUUGCACGAAAAGCUGUUAAAGGAUGGACUUUUAAGAUUCAGUGCGGCAGAUGCAAAUGAUACUAGCAAAGAAGAGCGUCAGUAUUUCAAGAAAUAUGAAUCUUACGUUCGUGAGUCACAAAUUCCAACAAAUGUUCGUGAUUUAAGACUUCAUGUUGAUUGGAAAUCCCAAACUAUUAUUGUUCCAAUAUAUGGUAGGCCAGUCCCAUUUCAUAUCAACUCAUAUAAGAAUGGUUCAAAAAAUGAGGAAGGAGAAUAUACCUACUUACGUUUGAAUUUCCACUCUCCUGGUACUUCUGGUGGUCUAUCUAAAAAGGUAGUUGAAUUGCCUUAUGAUGAUGCGGCUGAAAACCAAUUUUUGCGUUCAAUCACCUUAAGAUCAAAGGAUGGUGAUCGUAUGAGCGAGGCAUUCAAACAAAUUGCUGAUUUGAAGAAAGAAUCCUCAAAGAGGGAACAAGAACGUAAAAAUUUAGCAGAUGUCGUUCAUCAAGACAAAUUAAUAGAAAAUAGAACCGGUAGAACAAAGAGACUUGACCAAAUUUUUGUUAGACCAAGUCCUGAUACAAAACGUGUCCCCGGCUCUGUUUUUAUUCAUGAAAACGGUAUUAGAUAUCAAUCACCUUUAAGGACUGACAGUAGAAUUGAUAUUCUAUUUUCAAAUAUCAAAAAUCUCGUUUUCCAAUCUUGUAAAGGUGAGUUGAUCGUUAUCAUUCAUAUUCAUUUGAAGAAUCCAAUUUUGAUGGGUAAGAAAAAAAUCCAAGAUGUUCAAUUCUAUCGUGAAGCCUCUGAUAUGGCGGUUGAUGAAACUGGUAAUGCUAGACGUGGUCAAAACAAAUUUAGAAGAUAUGGCGAUGAAGAUGAAUUAGAACAAGAACAAGAAGAAAGAAGAAAGCGUGCAGCUUUAGAUAAAGAGUUUAGAUACUUUGCUGAUGCCAUCGCAGAAGCAUCAAAGGGUUUAUUCUCCGUUGAGAGUACAUUUAGAGAUUUAGGUUUCCAAGGUGUUCCAAAUAGAUCAGCCGUUUUCUGUAUGCCAACCACAGAUUGUUUAGUUCAAUUAAUUGAACCACCUUUCAUGGUUGUUAACUUGGAAGAAAUCGAAAUUUGUAUUCUAGAAAGAGUUCAAUUUGGUUUAAAGAAUUUUGAUAUGGUUUUUGUUUAUAAGGAUUUCAAUAAACCUGUGACACACAUUAACACUGUGCCAAUUGAGUCAUUAGAUUUCUUAAAACAAUGGCUUACUGAUAUGGACAUACCAUAUACCGUUUCUACCAUUAACUUAAACUGGAGUACCAUCAUGAAGUCACUUCAGGAGGACCCACAUCAAUUCUUCUUGGAUGGUGGUUGGAAUUUCUUGGCUACAGGUUCCGAUGAUGAAGCUUCCGAAGAAAGUGAUGAGGAAAUCAGUGAAUAUGAGGCAUCAGAAGAAGAUCCAACAGAUGAAAGUGCCUAUUCGGAAGAAGAUGAUUCUGAAGAAGACGAUAUGAGUGACGAUGGUAGCGAAGAUUUUAGUGGUGAAGAAAGUGCAGAAGGCGAUGACUGGGAUGAACUUGAAAAGAAGGCUGCAAAAGCAGACCGUAACAGUAAUUACAGAGAUUGA